AUGGCGACCGAGUUGACAGUUCAGUCCGAACGCGCCUACCAGAAGCAACCUCAUAUCUUCCUCAACCACAAGAACAAGUCUACCAAGAGCAGGAGAGUCGGCAAGGGUGGACGAAGAUGGUACAAGGACGUUGGAUUGGGAUUCAGAACUCCAAAGACCGCCAUUGACGGCUCAUACAUCGACAAGAAAUGCCCCUUCACCGGACAGGUCUCCAUCCGUGGCCGUAUUCUCACCGGCAAAGUCAUCUCCACUAAGAUGCACCGAACACUCGUCAUCCGCCGAGAAUAUCUUCACUUCGUCCCCAAGUAUGCCCGAUAUGAGAAGAGACACAAGAACCUCGCCGCACACGUUUCGCCCGCAUUCCGUGUCGAGGAUGGGGACACCGUCACUGUUGGCCAAUGCCGACCGCUCAGCAAGACUGUCCGUUUCAACGUGUUGCGUGUCCUUCCCCGAACUGGCAAAGCCGUCAAGUCAUUCCAGAAAUUUUAA